ACUUUCUUGUUUGCUAUGGAUUAAAAUUUGUUAAAGGGUGAGCAAAUGCAAACAAUGGCUGGAAUAAAUAGGGGCCGCAGAGCUUUAACUUUCAAUGUGAAUCAGCUUAUGUUGAAUUUGUAUUCAGUGCAUAUUAUGGAAUCGAUUGUGUUUUCUUUUGGUCUUUGACCUGGUAAUAAUCGCCGACAUUUCGAGCAAUCUGUCCGUGGUUUCUUGAACAAACUUGGAUACGACAUCGCGAAAUAGAUUAAUUUCGUAGAGAAAUUCAAACUGUUUUAAAUGUCUGGCUGAGAAUUGACUUAAGCUUAACUAAGGCUUAAGUGUCUUCGUAAAUGACAAAGGCCCUGGAUGUGUCUCAAGUAAGCUUAUGGAUUCUUGGUUAACCAGCAACCAGUUGUCCUGUAUGGAAGAAAUUGCGAUUGCUAGAACGACAACCCCGGACACUGGUUGGAAAUAUUAAAUGAAUUUUCUUGUUGCCACUGUGAGUUUUUGCACUCGUUUGCACAGAAGGGCUGAGGUGAAAAUAAUUAGUGAUUAUCGCGUUUUAGCCAUCUCAAGUUUUCUGUAAUUUGAAUCUUCCAACGAGAAUACUUUAGUUUGUGGUAACGCGUGUUGUUUUUAAAACUGCUGCAUUUAUUUAUUAGCAAGUGUGUAUGUGUAUUGAUUAAUUCACUUUUGUAACGCUGGUGAGAUACCAGUAAUGUUCAUAUAUUUGUCUUUUUGUAACUGCAUAGCAAAAAUAGUGUUUGAUCUGAGUUUUUUCUGUAACCACUGUGUAAACUAAACCUGGAAAUUAUAUUGCAAUACUCACAUGGAUCUCUCCUUCUCUGUGUCCUCUUUGAUCUCUCUGUUGGUUUCUUUUGUGACAAUAAAAAUGUUUCCUGAAAAGUAACCUUCACCUUGAAUUGCCACUUAUUCAAUAUUCAUAGAUAUUAAUUUUGCAUUUUUUAGAUUCUUGAUUGCAUCCAAUAUAGCAUCGUAUAUUAUUAUUGUUAUAUUAUCCUCUGAUGAUCCGGGGAUGAUGAGCUUCACAAGGGGAAAAGUUACUCAGUCUUAUUGUGUGAUUCAAAUGAUUUUGGAGAAACUCUAAAUUGAAACUCCUCAUGUUUUUAAAGAUCAGUGAUUUGACUGUCUUGUGGUCUGUUGAAGGCCUGAUGCAUGCAUGGAUUUGAUUUCAAUUUAGAAACUUGACCAACCUUAAUUGGCAUAAUGUGGUCUAGCUUGUUGUUGCAGUUGUCUCAACUCAGUGGGUGCUCUGCAAUUUUAGAGAUGAAAACUAAAUACAGAUUUUUUUGCACAACCAGAAGUUUACCCACAUUAUCCUAUGUGGAGAUGUGCAUUGAAUAAGGGCAUACGGUAAUAAGUGACUGAAGUUUUUGCACAUUUUAAAUUAUUCUUAGGGGAAAGGUUUGGGUUGUCAGUAAUGGUUCUUGCAUGCUUAAGAUAAAGUAAGACUUAGAUUGUUGUAAGAUUCACAGUUAAAUCAACAAUCACGAAUGGAAAUCUAAGAGAAAUUAAGUGGUGGAAAAUAUUUAGUUGUAUUUGAUACAGUCUUUCAUUGUGAAGUAUAUUGAUAGAUUUCAAUUUUAGCUAUUUAUAAGCAGCUGAUACAGUUUGGGUUCUAAGGUUACAAUUAAUGUAACAUUAUAAAUUGAAUGUAAGCUACGUCAAAUGUGUCGUGGGGUUCCAGGAGGUAUUUCCUGUAAUUUUCACCCAGAAAAUGCAAGCUUGCAAUCUUUUUUUGGAGUACAUGUAUCACAAAUCAAAGAUGCUUGUACAUUAUUUCAGUGUACAGUGUAGUGUGGCAACCUGUCAGUGUUUGAGAAAUAAUUGUUACACCAUGUGAAUUAAGACGUGUUGAUAUAGAGUUGCAUGUAAUUUGUUCCAAGUAGGAGGGUUUUGCUCCAUACCAUGACCAUGACAUUUAUGUUGAAAAUGUUUCAUUGAUUUCUUUAUAAAUAGCAGCAACUUGUUUAUAUACAAAAUCAGAGUUAACUUGGGUGGUGGGGGAGGGAAGGGGUUAGGGCCUGUUUACAAGGAGGGAGGGUUACCCUGGAGGGCAAAAGAUAGCCCAGGUUUACAAGCAAAAUUUCACUGGUAGGGUAACCCUACAACCCAGUACAACUUAAUGCAUGGUUACACUCAAAGGGUCUGGAAAUUAGAAAGUUAAUGCGGGUAGGCAGGUUAGCCCUACCUGGAGUGUUUACAAGGGAGAAAGUUAACCUUCCUGCCAGGGUAACCCUAAUACGUAGAUAGGGUAACCUACCUACCUGGGUAACCCUGGCUGACUUGUUAACAUGACGGAGGAAAAAAGAGGAAAUGUGUGAGUGCUAGGGUAACCUGCUUGCUAACGCUGGUAACCCUCCCUCCUUGUAAACAGUCCCUUAGAAGGGGGACAGGCUGUUCCUGGUUGGGAGUCACUUGCUUUGAAGAUGAAGUGACACAGUACUGAGCUGACUUAAUGACAUGAAAUUAGUUUGGAUAUGUUUGACUCACUAACCUGGGACACUCUGAGAUGAGUAUUUGGCUUGGUCAGGAGGGACAACUCUUUUAAGUUUCAAAAAGAAGAUGGCAAAGGAGGCAUCUUGUAAUGGUUUUCUACCGUGUCUGUAGGUUUAAAUUAAAAAGUUAUUGCAAAAUUUUCAAAUGCAGAGUUCAACCGAGAAUUUACAUUAUGUAUUUGAUAUAGGAGAUCAUCCAACUGUAGUGACAUGUUUGCCGAUAGCAGUGGAAAGUUUCAAGUGAAAGUCUUUCAGAUGGCCGGCAGAAAGGCUAAGCUCAGUCAAUUCAUAUGUAUGGAAUUGUUCUUUGACGAUGUUGGUGACCUGGUGUUGAGCAGUGAAAUUGCUAACACGCUUGCAUUCAGGUUCGAGGCGAAAACCCUUGCCAAACAAAACACCUGUUAAAUUUAGCUCUUUCCAUAGCCUGUUGGCAGAAUCACAAGAACAUCACAGCCUGUGAGAUGUAAUUCCAACACUUUGAUUUGCUCCGGUUCCAAAGCUUUCUAUUUUCAGGGAGCGAGAUAGACAUUCCUGCAAGACGUCACACAUAUCUCAAAUGUUGACAACAUGUUGUCAAUGCUCCUAGCAUAAGCCAAUCAUAUUUUUGCGUUGUGAUAAUUCAAACUCUGUGGCUUAGGCUGUAGUCCCUCCUUUCGCACACGCCUCACCCAAAGGAUUUCAUGCGGCCAUUUUUUUCUUGUGGUUUUCUUUUGCGUCACGCAUGACAGACUAAGCGAAAGAGUGACUACUUGUAGUCUAUUCUUGAUAUGUCUGGAGUUAGCUUGCAAUGGAGGCUCAUGUGGGGGGGAUUAUCACUAAAAAGAGAUGAAUUAUCAUAUUUUGCAUUUGAAAAGACUCUCUGCAUUAGCCUCAGUUGCAAGCUAGUUCCAGUCCAAUUAAGAGAAUACAAAUAUAGCAUAAACAAGUUUUUUCAGCCCUGCUUACUCUGGCAAUCGAGGUACACUGGUACUAUUUACAGCUUAGAAUAUUUUGAAAUGGGAUCCUGUCACAGGUUUGACACAGUGUUGUGUAUGAAUGUUGUUGGCCCUGUAAUUUUACCAUUUUCAGCUCUGUGUGGCAAAGAUAUUUGUUUGAACUCAUCUGAAAGUGUUCAUACUUGAAUGAUUCUUCUGUAUAUCGAUAACUUGUGGUAAGAAUCUGGUCCACUUUCUAUUUUGCGCAUGACUACCUAGGUACAUAUAGCAUGGAUCUGGACCUAUUUUAGGUUCAGUGAUCACCUUACUGUUGUGAACUUAAAAAGCUUUAUAAUCGAGUGAAGUCUAUUUGUUGGUGAAAGUGUGGUUUUAGAUUUUGUUGUUUGGAAGUGAUCAGGAGGAAAAACAAGGACGAUUUGAGAUCUCCUCUAGAAAUUCAACAUCUAUGAACCAGUUGAAGUGAUGAAAUUCUACCUUCAUGAGUUUGAUGCACCAUAAUGUUGUUUUAAUGAACAUGUACUUCUGCAGCAUGUGUGGUACUGUAUUUGCCAUUACUGACUACCUUGUGUUUUGGGAAAUCGUCAACUGCUCUUUAGACCAAUGGUUUGCACUUUCCUUGUUUGGCUAUUUUUGGAGACUGCAUCGUUACUGAUGCUCACAAAUAAAUUGUACUUUCCUAACGCUUUGAAUGAUAGCCAUGCCUCUAAAUUAUGCAAAAAAAAACAAUCUACUGCAGAUGGUUCUAUAGCAUACUCAUUUAUGGUGUGUUGUGCAUGCUGUUAUAUUUAGAAAGCUGGUUUACAUGUUCCCUCUUACUGCUGUUUUACUCUCUGCUAUUGUAUACCUCUAACUAAAGGUAACUGUAACUUGUAAGCAAGGAUUAAUCAUGCUGGAAGGUUUGAUCCACAAGGUUUUUUGGAUGCAAGUUUCAAACUUGUCACCUGGGGCAAAUAUCUAGACUUGAUUUUCAUGAACGACUGUUCUGGUAGAAAUUGGUAGAGAUGUAGCUCUGAAAAAUUAAGGCUUACUGCCGAUGCACAGAUUGGUAGACAGAUUCAGUGCAUGCAAGAUUUAGCUGUAUGGUGUGACUGUUCCCUUUAAGAGUCUGGUUUCAAUUGUUGCUGCUUUCUAAGUGAGAAGCUUAGUUGCUUAAAAGGCUGGGGGACUUUUAAUAGUCAAAGUAGCAGUGAAGGCUGUCAAAGCACUUUUAGAACCAGACAUACACCUUAAUUAAUAUGUUGAAGUACUGAAGCAUACUUAGAAUUACAGUUCUGAUACAUAUUUGGCUUAUUCCUCACUUAUAAUGCACUUACAUGUACAUGUAGCAUUUUGUGAACAUUUAGUGGUUCUUCUUUGUGUACAUGAAACAGUACAUAUUUUUAAUUUUUUUUUUUUGAAACUACAAAUUGGCUGCAAUGUAGUGAUUUUUUCUUUUGGUGUGUGGACUGAAAGUAUGUGUAUUUUAAAGACAUUGAACAAACAACCUUUAUGUCAUAUGUUUGUUGGUUUUCUCUCGUACAGACCAAAAAAAACAAACAAACAAAAAACACCGAAAGGAUGGUGUCAGCCAGAUACAUUCAUUACCUUGUCGCUACAGAAAUUGUUGAUUAUCGACCAGUAAGUAAAAUAUCUCUCUGAAAGAUUUUAUUGGUAGAUUGUUAUGCAUGGCAGGAAAAUGAAGAGACAUAUAUAGUGUUACUGUCAUCACAAAGUCAUCUAGUUGAAAAGCAUCUUGAAGAGGAAUUCUAAAACAGUUACUGACCCUGGAUAAAUUUUACAUGUAAAACACCAGUGUGUUUCACAAGGUGAUUUAAUUCUCAAUGUCGCCUUUGUUUAAAAUCCCAAAGGGUGGUCAAGAGUUCAUUUCUUGUUUGAAUAUAGUGCAUGGUGAAACAGAGAGGUGUUAACAGUAGGAUCAUCGACAAGUCCUGAGAUUACAUGUAUAUUGUCUUGACAAACCACGAAACUCUAACAAUGAUUGUUAUUAGAAUCUAUAUUUAGUGGCUCUGAAUCCAAACGUUAUUAUGCAACCUUCUCAAAUUUACUUACCUCACUUAAUCCUCUUUGAGCUAAGUAGCAUUUAAGGCCUCCAGAACCUUCAAAUGAGAAACCUCCUCAAAAAACAGGUUUUUUAAAAUCAAUUUCAGUUUUAUUAUCUCUUUAAAUCAAAAAUCCCAAAUUGCUCUCUAUGACCUUUGUCAAGCAAUUAGUUGAAUGAUUGCAAGGAAAAGUUAUUCACGAGCUUGUGUCUUGUCUGGGUUUCAAUCUUUCCUCUGGUGCAUAGCAAUCUAUUUUAAGUGUUCGUUUAUGGCAGGAAUUGAUUUGUUGUGGUAACAACGGUCCUGCUAGAAUCUUCUCAGGGCAUCAAGAUAAUGGUUUAUCCUACAUGUAACCAUUUGCAAAAAUUCAAUUAGAAAAGCUGCUUUCUGAGAGGGCCACUUUUCAUUUUGAGUGACCACAGUAAUUGGGAAUCAAGCCAACCCCAGUCUAGAAAAUUCUACGGAUCUCAAAGACAAGACUUGUCGUGAUUAUUUAUUUAAAAUGUUUUGAUAUAACUUCACCCCUCGUUCAGCCCAGACCUGUGUGCUGCUGAGAGAUGAAAGUUGACGAAGGUUACAUGAGAUGUAAGGGUUUCCGAAAAUUGUCAAGCUUGGAGGGUUUGUGGUGUUUGAUUUCAUGCAAGUUGGGUUUUCCAAACUGCAAAGUUGCUCUACGCUUCACAUGUGUGGUUAUCCUGUUGCAUAUUUAAUCUGUGUGCAUUUUACUGCAAACUAAGAGAAAGAAGGAUUUUAUGAAUUUCUUUCAAAUAACAUGUUGCAAACUUGAACUUUGCAUGAGAAUUGUUCUUUCAGAUGAUGGAUGAAAGAUUCCCUUUAGAUAAUGGUCAAGAUAUGACAAACCACCAGGAAAACUGCACUCAUACACCCUCUGAGAAAUCUAAAAAUCCCAUUGUCACCACUGCUGAAGCAUCCAGUGACGAGAGCACAAAGGCAGAGUCUCCAGAACAGCCUCAGGCUAUCACCAUGGCAGCACAACCCAAGGCCUCAUUAAGCACUGUUCAUGUGCAACAGAGCUUCCAUGGAAUACGAUCGUCGAUCCCAGUGCUUACUCAUUCAGCUUCUGAGCCCACUUACCAUCAUACAAGGAAAACUCUUGUGCGAAGUGCUGCUGUGACGAGUGUGCCUUCACCCCCGCCCUCGCAUUACCCAGAUGAGGUCACAGAGGGAACACCUCCUUACAAGAAUACAAGUUUUGAUUCCAGUGACAGUGGGAUAGCAGGAGAGUUACCACCCAGACUGGAGGCACUGGGAAGAACUUCUAAACAGAGUUCACUUUCCAGAGAUGGCUCUUUUGAAUACACAGAUUCGACAGGCACUGACCUCCAUGAUUUUAUUAUAAAGACUUUAAAGAAUCCAAGGGAUCGAAAAUUUCUUAUGAGACUUGAACAGGACUUCCUGAAUUUUAUUCCAGAACCAGCCAGUCUCUUCCUCCAUUACCCACCAAUGACGUCAUACCAUCGCAUGAUCGUGCACCGAGUUGCGGCGUAUUUUGGUAUGGAUCACAACGUUGAUCAACAAACUGGAAAAUCAGUCAUCAUAAACAAGACAAUUAACACAAGAAUACCUGAAAGCAGAUUUUUAGAGUUGAUACCCAGAGAAGAAUCAGAGGACUCAGAGAGCGCCAUACCACGAUUAAUUCUUAAAAGACAGAAUACUCCUUCAGACGAUAGUACUCCUCCAAAGAUUGAUAGCCCUGUUCUUAUACAUUCUAUGGAGGAUAAACGCUCAAAAUCGAUUGAAGAAAGAGAAGAGGAAUACCACAAAGCCAGGGAAAGAAUAUUUAAUCAAGAUUCAAUUUCAUCACAGUCUUCGCAGUCGUCAAAAGGUGAUGCUGAUCUUGUGCCACCACAACUCUUACAAAGGGAAGACAUUGAGGAUGUUGAUGAAGUUGUUGGUGUUGAGGAGACACCGGAGAGGCUCCCAAUCAGUAAAAUAGGCAAAUCAAAAUCCGAGGAAGUAGAUGUGCCAAGCGACAGGUCCACAACAGGGACAACAGGCAUUCGAAUCAUGACCAACAAACCAUUCAUAAGGUCCAGCAGUAGUCCUGGUGUUAGCAAUCUAAGCGCUUCCCCUGCCUUUGAGCGUGUGUCUACUUCCGCUCGCCGAGGGUCGGAUGGAAGCCAGAGGCCUAGUCAGCGUCAUGUUUCCAGCUCACAGACUGUCGUGUCAGCACCAAUACCUUACUGGGCGGCAGAAGGGGUCCCUUUUGUUGCUCAUAAUCUACCUUCUGGGGAAGUCCAGAUGAUGCCUGUUCAAGCGGCACCUCCUGGAAUGCAAGGGAUGGUGCCUGUCAUGGCCGGACCAACUGCCGCGUCACAGCAACCUGCGAGUGGAGUGUUGUGGUCUAUGCCUCAGGAGCCGGUACAGCACGGAGUGAUGCUUAUAAACCCCAAUACAGGCACUCCUCUGCUAGGGCCUGACGGGAAUCCGCUGGUUAUGCAGCCGAGCUACCAACAAGUCAUGGUCAAACAAGGUUCAACACCAGGCUACACUCCGCCAUCUUCAGUCCGAGCCCCUGUUCAAGGUGCACAGCAGCCUUCCGCAGUAGCACAGCCGCAACAACAACAGCGGCAACAGCAACAACAACAACAGCAGCAGCAGCCUGCUGUGAAUUCUGGCCAAAUUGUUAUGCCGCAGUAUGUCGGUGUACCACAACCGAUGUAUGUGAUGCCAGCUAAUGGGCGGCCUCCUUAUGCGCCGCAACAGGCUGGAUCAGAGCACACGCCGGGAAGUCAUUGGCCAGGAUCUGGGCAGACGGUGGCGCCAGGCAAUCCGGGAUAUCAAGACAUGACCGCCCAAUUUAGCGGGCUUAGUCUGUCGGGACAACAGGCCGCUUUAGACUCCACUGCCUAUCACCAUCAACAACAAUACGCCGAGUCGGGCGUUCCAAGUUCAACUCGUACCACAUCACCAAUGUACGUGAGCAGUGUCACGCAAGCUGGCGUGACAGGUCAAAUGCAAUACGUUGUGUUACCGCAUUCUGGCAUGCAGUCUCAAGUGAGGCCAUUGAUUCAAGGCCAAACUUACGGCGGACAAGCGGCUCCUCAGGCCGCCUCCCCGCAGCAAUACCAAGGUUACGUUGUGUCGCCAACUCAAACGCCUUACCAGCAAUUCCCUUACGGUACCAUACCCAAAGAUGUCACAUCCUCAGUCAUUCAACAACACGCCCGCUCUCAAACACCACCCACCCCUCCUCAGACGGCGUCGCCUGCCCUUACGAACCAGUUUAUGUCGCAGCAACAACAUCCCCAGGCACAGCUGACAUUUUCAUCACAGAUUCCUCAACAGUCGCCACAACAGACGCACACUACCCCAUAUCAGCAACAAGCCACCUCACCCCACACCCCACAACAGCUUCUGCGACCGAUGGUACCAGUAGUCAUUCAAGGAGGUCGAGGAGUUGCUAUGGCAACUGCCGUUGGACAACAGGGUCCAGUCGGUACUCAGUUCCAACAACCUCCGGUACAUGUACAGGCACAGUAUCCGUCUAAUCAGAGGAGAAUAUAUAAUAUUGAUAGACGCUUACCUAAGGCAGGGGACAUUUACAGCUCGGACGCUGCUGUCAUGCAGGGCUCCCAUUCUUUGGUGUCCUACGGUGAUGGCACCAUACCGACUGGAUACGACAUUCAGGGAGAAAGGGGCCAGUACAACCAGUACCAAUAUCAAAGGUAUGUUCUUAAAUGAAGGUUGCCUGUCUGUCUGUCUGUCUGUCUGUCUGUCUGUCUGUCUCUCUGUCCUUUUAUCUGCCCGCC